GCAGGAAGAACACCUCCUUGGACYUUGUCCUACCCAGAUCAGACGCCCGGUCGCCGGCAUAAAAAUCAAGGCAGAAAAAACUCAAAUCCCUACUUAAAAUGUACAUUUGCGUUGGGGAUUUGCCCGGGUCCUUUAAUAAGUUCCGUAUAUGCUGCAUUAGCCUACGCAGAAGAGACUGUGAGAGCUAUAUCCUUGAUGUCACCUGGUAAAGCACCUGGAGCUGACGCUAUCCCUGCUGAAAUCUACAAAGCAUGUGGACCAAUUGCCAUUAACAAACUGACGGAACUUUUCCAGUCCAUGUGGCAGAAAGAAACAAUCCCCCAAGACCUAAAGGAUGCGUCAAUAGUCCACCUCUACAAGAGAAAGGGCAAUAUCCAGGCAUGUGACAACCACAGAGGUAUAUCACUACUAUCAAUAGCUGGGAAAAUACUGGCAAGAAUACUGCUGAACAGACUUCUUCGUCACCUAGAGAAUGGUCUCCUUCCCGAGAGUCAAUGUGGCUUUCGAGCAGGCCGUGGCACAGUCGAUAUGAUCUUUGCUGCCAAGCAACUUCAGGAAAAGUGCCAAGAACAACACACAGCCCUGUUUACCACUUUUGUUGAUCUCACGAAGGCGUUCGAUCAGGCCUCUGGAAGAUAAUGGGAAAAUUUGGCUGCCCAYYWAGGUUUACUUCUAUGGUACGCMAAUUCCACGACGGGAUGCAAGCCCAUGUCCUCGAAGAUGGAAAUCAGUCGGCCCCCUUCCAAGUGACGAACGGAUUAUAGCAGGGUUGUGUGCUCGCUCCCACUCUCUUCAGCAUGAUGUUCACCGCAAUGCUUGCAGAUGCAUAUUCCGACAAUGAUCCGGGUAUCGACAUAAAAUACCGAACUGAUGGUGGAAUAUUUAACCCUCGUCGUCUCCGGGCAAAAACUAAAGUUCAUAUCACCAGACUCAGAGUCUUACUAUUCGCAGACUACUGCGCUCUAAAUGCCAACACAGGGCUAGAAAUGCAAGAAAGUGUCAACAAGUUUUCAGAUGCCUGUAACAACUUCGRCCUGACAAUAAGUACCAAGAAGACAGAAGUCAUGCUUCAACCAGCACCAAACACACCAUACAUGGAACCCGAGAUCUACAUUAACUCCCAGCGUCUAAACCCRGUGGAAAAAUUCACAUACCUUGGCAGUACGUUAUCCAGAKUCAUACACAUAGAUGAUGAAGUCAAUGCCCGCAUCGCUAAAGCCAGUGCAUCUUUUGGUCAAUUGAGCAAAACAGUCUGGAACCGAAGAGGCAUCUCAACAGAGACAAAGCUGGGCGUGUACAGAGCAGUAGUAUUGACAUCAUUACUCUACGCAUGCGAGACAUGGACGGUGUACCAAAGGCAUGCCAGGAAAUUGAAUCAUUUUCACACCAUAUGCCUGCGCAAGAUCCUUGGCAUAAAGUGGUAUGACCAUAUUCCUGACACUGAAGUACUGGAUCGUGCAAACAUGUUCAGUAUCAACACCAUGCUGCAGCAAGCACAACUCCGAUGGGCCGGUCAUGUGAGAAGGAUGUCUGAUACACGCAUCCCAAAACAACUCCUCUAUGGUGAACUCCAAUAUGGCACUCGCAGCAAAGGCGGUCAGAAAAAGCGCUACAAAGACACCCUAAAAGUCUCUGCAAAGCAAUUUGGAAUAGAUCCAGACAACUGGGAAGAGCUUGCAGAUGACAGAACUCACUGGCGCACAGUAGUCAAGAAAGGGGCCAAGCUAUGCGAGGACAAGCGUGUAAACCAAGCAAAGCACAAACGACGCCUUCGAAAGACACGAGCAGCUUCGGUUACAGUUCCAACAGGUCCAGUCUGUCCCGAGUGUGGUCGAGCCUUCCAUGCGCGAAUCGGUCUGGUCAGCCACCUACGCACACACAACACACAAACCUAGACGACAUACAUCGCAGAGAUGAAUGGUCAUCUUCGCCAGUGAAGGACGAACAAGAGCCUACGCAAUUUGUCCUCAAACAGGGGAAUAGCUUUGUUUGGCCGUACUCCUGACUGGGCUUGCUCUUCUCGGAUACUCUUCAGAUAGUCCUUAAUGACCUUGUGCGAUAGCGGGUUCCCAAUGCCUAGUCGAUCAUCCCAUUCACCUCCUAGACCUUCUUGGUUAAAGAUGGCUCUCAAUUUUCCGAUUAAACUGUCCACAGUUCCAGCGGACAAACGGGUGGGGCAAUCGCAAGAUACCGACUUGKUUUUACCCAGUUCGUUGCAAUCAGGGCGGUGUACGAUCGUUUUCCCAYUGUUGUCCUUCCAAAUCAGGAACAUACGCAAGUCAUAUGGCGAUGCUGAAGCUAGAGACUUUGGAGUCGGCAAGGAUGCGAGGAAGCCGACCAAUUGCUUAUGGAGUGCCGACUUUUGACGUUCAUAACUUUUUUUGUGAUUUUUUACUUUCCAAAUCAUGGAUUCUAGCAGAGAUAACCUCCGURUCGAUCCUCAUCCCCGGGCUUCUCGGAGCGCCAUCUAUGCUUUCUUUACGGAGACCACAAUGUUGGCAGAAAUUGAAGUCAUAGUCAUUUAGAUACGAACAUUCAGGGCACGGUGCCGCUGGCUUCCAGAUCCUUGGCCGCUGGACCUGGASAAACAGGAAUUGAUUUAGGAACCAAUCGAAAUGCCCUAACAAAUCCCAUUGCAAAGGCCGGGAAAUAAAACAUUCGUGAGUGGAGGGAAAAAGCAAAAUAUCAUGCUCACCUUUGCGCCCAACAAUUACUUUCUCCUGCGCCGACCCCUCGAUGAUUGGCCACCAAUAUGGCAGUGGGCUGAGCCGUGGAACCACCACCGUAACCGGAAAACGGCCAUCAGGACAAACGGCGGAAACACAUAUGCGUUCUCAUCACUUGAUAUGGUAUGUGCAAACAUAUUGAUCCUCGCUGACCCCGGACACGCGUGAGGUGUAAAAUGUCUCAAGGGUCGACCCCUAGUGUCUGUCUGGGCGUUCGUGUCUAAUGCCAUUAAGUCGAUUGAGUGAGGGCCGAACAGCGAUUGCAGAUAUUUURCAUCAAACAUAUGCUGUGGAUUGCUUUGAGGGUGUCAUUAAGAUCUUUGUUGGCGCCUCCUUGUCUUUGCCACGAAUGCACUAGGGUACUAGAGUCCACGUGAACAUCUAGCCGUCAAUUGGWAAGCAGGCUCUUCCCCGACUCAAGGGUGCGCAACAGGGCCAUGGCCUCCUUAACCACUAUAGGCUUUUCUCUUUCCGCCUCCCUCCACAGAUCCCGGCAUUCCACGUUGGCACCCCCUGGGACCUCGAGAAUAC